GCUGAAGCUGUGAUUGGUGGAGAGCGGCUGUGUCGUCAGAGAAGUUAGAAGCAGUGAAUCAGCAGAGCGGAAGUAGCAGAGGGAGCAGAAGGAGCUGCAGAGACAGACGGACGGAAUUUCAGAGAGAUGGGAGGUCAGGUGACUUCGUUUGAGAACGUCCACGUCGUCGUCGUUGGCGGAGGGUUCGGAGGAAUCGCAGCGGCUCAGGACCUGAAGUCUCGAGGGAUUAAAUUCACUCUGAUCGACAUGAGAGACGCUUUUCAUCACAACGUUGGAGCUCUGAGAGCCUCGGUGCAGCCAGGAUUCGCUCGGAGAACCUUCAUCCCGUUCAAAGAGACGUUUGGAGAAAGUUUUGUUCAGGGUCGAGUCGAGCGAAUCGACACCGACGGUCAGCUGGUCGUCCUGGAGGGAGGAAGGGAGAUCCAGUUCUCCCACCUCAUCCUGGCCACCGGCACCGACGGCCCGUUUCCAGGGAAGUUCAACACGACGGCGUCGCAGCAGGAGGCCGUUCAGGUGUACGAGGACUUCAUCAAACAGGUUCAGGCUGCUGGCUCGGUUCUGGUGGUCGGAGGAGGAUCGACUGGAGCGGAGAUGGCAGCAGAGAUCAGGACCGAGUAUCCAGACAAGAAGGUGGUUCUGAUCCACUCCAGGAUGGAGCUGGCCGACCCGGAGCUGCUGUCCAGCGUCAGAGAUCAGGCCAAGCAGGUUCUGCAGGAGAAAGGGGUGGAGCUUCUGCUGGGACAGAAGGUGUCAAACCUGUCGGAGCUGCCGCUGAACGUGGUGCAGAAGGACACGGUUGUUACCAUGGAUACGGGAAACACAGUGACGGUAGAUCUGAUCAUCAGCUGCGUUGGACUCAAAGUCAACUCUGCUGCCUACGAAUCCAGCCUGGCCGGCUCUCUGGCUGAUAACGGAGCCCUGAAGGUCAACGACUACCUGCAGGUUGAAGGUUUCUCCAACAUUUACGCCGUUGGCGACUGCACUGAUGUUAAAGAGCCUAAGAUGGCGUACCACGCCGGGCUGCACGCCGCCGUCGCCGUCACCAACAUCGUCAACAGUUUGAGCGGGAAGGAGCUGACGACGUAUCGUACAGGUAACGUCACCAUGCUGCUGGCGCUGGGCCGAGACGACGGCGUCGGCCAGUUUAACGGAUACCGGUUGCCUCGUUUCCUGGUCGCUUUGGGGAAAAGUCGAGAUGUGUUGGUGUGGAAGAGCUGGUGGGACAUGAAUCAGAAACAGCCCUGAUUCUCACGUCUACUUUUCCUAAAUGUUGAUUCAUGUUCAGUGUUUUCAAAUCUAUAAACAGAAAAAUGAUAUCCGCUGCUGCCUGAUGCUAAGCUAGCCGUGUUUCAUGUUUACAUACAAUCCAGAAUGCUGAUGAACAGCUUCUUGAUGAACAAUCACCAUUUAGAAGUUAAAAUCAGUGUAUAAUCAGUUUCAUGUGCCAACUUUGAUAUCUGUGACAUCUGUUAGAUUUAGCUAACAGUUAACAUGACAUUCCAAUCAGAAAACAGCAGCUAUUAGCAGCGAAAAUGCUAACACAGAGCACAGACAGUUAGCUUCACAGAAACAGAUCAGUGCCUAAAAACAUUAGCCGACACAGCAGGUUAAACAAACACAGGUAAUGUUUAUACGCUUUAAAAGCUAAAAGAUAACAAGUUACCAUAAAAUAAAUACAAGUUUAACAAUUAAAACCAUCAUCAAUAACUACUGAUGUAACACAUAUUAGCAGAAAAUUGUUUGCAUAAAAAAAAACAAUGUUGGCAUUAAAUUCUGAAGUUAAGGUAAAAAAAACAGAUGUUAGCAUUAGCUCACCAAUAUUCACAUUCAAAAUUUAGCAUCAGUUUUUCAAUGCUUCGGUUUAAUUCAGAAUAAAAUAAAACUGAUUAGCAUAAACACACCAAUGUAAUCAUGAAUUAACUACCGGGACCAAAAUGCUAGCAUUAGCUGAGGUCAUUCUAAAACAAACUGAAGUUAGCAUUGUUGACGUAAGCGUCUGGCAAUGAGAAGCUACAGUUAGCAUUUAAACACUUUAACAUUAAUGUUAGCAUUAACAGUUGGUAUUGACAUAAAAUACUUCGCAUCAACAGAAGCAUUAAAAACAAUUUUAGCCUAAACUGUUAGCAUAAAACAACCAUUUGAGAAGUAUCUUUUAGCUAUGCAACUGUUGAUAUGAGCAACUUAAAACAAACACGAUCCAAAAAAUAAACGUUAGCAUUGAAGAGCUAACAAUAACAAAUAUGAACCAACAUUAGCAGAUAAACCAUGAAACGUUCUGAUCUGUGUUUGUGACGUUCUUCCUGUUGUCUUCUCAGAACUAAAUGGAUUUUUCUAGACUGAAAGGUUUGGAUAUUCUCGUUAUAUUAAUUAAACUUUAGAUAUUUGGAGGUAGGUGAAUAAAAGUGCAUUUUCCAUGAA